UCAUCUCUCCAUGGUUGAAAUCUGAUCUAGUAAAAUAGAAGCAACAAGAUUAGGAAGUUCAAAUAUUGUUGACACUGCAGAAGAUGAUAAUCCAAGUGAUGUUGGUUGGUUAUUUUGAUUCAACGGUUUCUAGUAGUACCCGUUUGUAAGGAAUAUUCAGCUAUAAAAAGAAGAGAUUCACACGGGUGUCUAGAAGACAAAGAAGUUUGACAAGUAUACGUAUACCAUGAUGAUUCAUUUCAUACAAAAAUUCAAAAGUCUAAACUUGUCAAAUGGUCACCAUGGAAACUCCAUUCGUCAACGUUGCUGCAAUGUGAGACCCGCCACGCCUACCCCCCCACACAGUCCAAUAAAUGCACGCUUCAUCCUUUUCAAUCUUUCUCAAUUCUCUUUUCUCAUUCAUUCGUUGCUGCUUUCACUUUCUCUCAUUCUUCUUAUCAUAAUUCCUAUGGAUGUGAUGUCUACUAACAGUAGUAAUUGUGGAAAUGCUUCAAAUCCUUACCAUCAAUGCACACAAGCUUGUUUUCAAAAGACAAAGGGAAACAAACCACAAUCUAAUAGAAAAACUAUUUCAAGUUAUGGGAGAAGUUUUACAGAUGGUGAUAUGGGCAAAAAGGUAACUAAUGGAGAAAGAAGAACUUAUCCUGGUUGUCCUAAAGCAUCUAAUCCUUAUCAUACAUGUGAUGCCAAUUGCAACAACAAAUCAUCAUCCAAUUCAGGGGCCACUCCUCAUUCCAAGAUUGAUCAUAGGAAGAAGGUAGGUUCUAAGCCAGAACCCCCUAUUCUUCAAAGUGUUCCAACAAAAAAAAAUGGGACAACCAAUAAUCUCUCCAACUCCAAUGCUUCAUCAACAAAACCACAUUACUCUGAGAAUAAAAAGAUAGAGUCAAAAACAGAUGAGAUCAUUCCUUCUUCUGGACCAAUUUCUGCUCAAUCACACAUCUCAGAUGUUAUGGCUAAAGACCAAGUUAAGGAUAGUGUUAUUCAGGACAAAGUUGUUGCUUCUGAUGAAAUUGUUCCAAUUACUACACAUUCUGUUGAAACUGGUUCCAAAGAUUUUAGUUUCUCUGACACUCCACUUACUCUCAACAACAACAACAACAACAGCAGCAAAGAAGUAGAAACUAGUAGUGAUGGAGAUACGGAUAGUGUGAUAUCUGAAUCGCGUAUUCAAAUUGGAAAAUACAAUGUCAAAGAAAGUUUUGGCUCCAUUCUACAAACAAUACUUGAUAAGUAUGGCGAUAUCGGCGCAAGCUGUGAUUUAGAAUCAGUUGUAAUUCGUUCGUAUUACAUGGAAUGUGUAUGUUUUGUGGUACAAGAGUUACAAUCUUCUUCUGAUUUAUUAACUAAGUCUAAAGUGAAUGAGUUGUUGGAUAUUGUUAAGGAUAUUGAAUCUGCGCAUCUUCGCGUAGCAUGGUUGCGUAACACGCUAGAUGAAAUCACUGAAAAUAUUGAACUCAUUGGACAGCAUCAGGAUAUGGAGAUCGAAAAGGCUAAUAAUGAUCGCGAAAUGGAAUCGUUGAGAGAAAAGCUGGAAUCGGAAUUGGUUACAUUGGCUCAGAAAGAACAAGAGAUUGCUGAUAUUCAUAUGAGAAUUCCUGAAAUCAGAGAUCGUUUGAGAAGUCUUGAGCAGAUCAUGUCUUCUGGAUUACAAGAUGAACAAACCAUGUUACCUAUCAAGUCCAAGAUUGAUCAAUUGUUAUAAUUAUAAUAAUAAUCAAACUGUUUUUCUUUUUUGUUAAAUUAAUUAAGAAGUAGAAGAGGUUACAUUAAUCAAUAAAAAUGAAUGCAAGGAACAUGAGGUUCUUUUAUUUUAUGUUAUAAAAGAACUUUAUAUGUAUCUAUGUAUAAACAUUAUAUACUGUUGUAAAAUUUAUUUAUAUAUUUUGUUUUA